UGUAACUGUGCGUGCAAGCCAAGAGAGAGCAAGGAAGAGAGCUCUUUGAGAGCAAGGAGGGAUGGAGAGAAGGAUGAGUGGGAAUAUCACCUAACCCCAUCUUCCUCCCCUCACACCUCCCCCUUGCUACCACCCACUGUCUGCCUCUCCACUGCACAUCCACUUAAACCCUCUCUUCUUCAGUCCCCUCCUCUGCCACCACUCCUAAAACCCCCUCCCAUCUCUUCUUCCUCCACUCCUUCUCGCCAACCCAGCCUGCUUGGACUAGGAAGCAGGCACAGAUUUGUAGCUGGACAGGCUUGUGCAGGCUGAACAGAACCGAAAAUAAACCAGUAGGGAUAAGUUUGUCCAGAAUUUAUGAAAAAUGGAGCUCUAGUCCAAGGAGCCAACCCAUUUAGCAGAACAAACUAAAUUCGAAAACAUUUUAUGAAGAUCAGCAGAGGAGCCAGCACAGAAGUCUUUGUGGGAGAUAAGGGGUCAAUUUCAGUUUUAGUAUGCUAUUUUAAGCAGAAUAGAAGAUAGUAGAGAGCUAAGAAGGCGACAGCAGACAUCAAGCCUUAGCUUUAGACUUUAUUAUAGCUUAGGGUUGUUGUAGAGUCUCUUAAUGUAGAGAAUGAAACUUUCUAGAAUUUUUCAAAAUUUGAAGAUUAAGAAUAUACUGACCAAUAAAAGAUAGAUUCGAAAAAUAUGAAAUCGAAUUGAUGCUAUAUUGACAAUUAGUGAUAAGACUCAAGAAGUCUGGGAAUUUAAAUAUCUUCUGGUUGUGAGUUUGAAGAAGUUCAAAAGCACUAAAACCUCAUCAGCUGCUAAUUGGAUAUCUGGUUCACCACCUGCUCAAAAUCUGGCAUUUAAAUCAUAAUAGUUUAAAAGCACAUCAGCAUUGGUUUAAUUUUAAGGAAAUAUUAAUAUUUUUUCAGAGAAGGUUCCUUCUGAAAGUAAAUUACUAA